AUGAACCUGAAAUCUGAACGCAGAGGAAUUCACGUUGAUCAAUCAGAGCUCCUGUGCAAGAAGGGAUGUGGUUACUAUGGCAAUCCUGCUUGGCAGGGGUUUUGCUCCAAGUGCUGGAGAGAGGAAUACCAUAAGGCCAGGCAGAAACAGAUUCAAGAGGACUGGGAGCUGGCAGAGCGGCUUCAGCGUGAGGAGGAAGAAGCGUAUGCCAGUAGUCAGAGUACCCAAGGGGCACAGUCACUGACCUUUUCAAAAUUUGAAGAGAAGAAAACCAAUGAGAAAACACGAAAGGUCACUACUGUGAAGAAGUUCUUCAUUGCUUCUUCCAGAACAGGCGCUAAGAAGGUGGCUCAAGAGAAAAUCGUUAAGCAAGGACAGCUUGGGAGGGAGCGAAAUGCUGAUAACAUUCUCAGGGAUUUGAAGGAGAUAUUUACUCCCUCCUGGGAACUGGCUUCCCCUACUGAAGUGUUGGCUGGCAAGUUGAAAGAGAUCCAAGAAGCCAAGGCUCCCAGCCCUUCUAUAAACAGGCAGGCUAGCAUCGAGACAGAUCGAGUAUCCAAGGAAUUCAUAGAAUUUCUCAAGACAUAUCAUAAACCUGGACAAGAUAUCUAUAAGCAAUGUAAACUAUUUUUGGACACAAUGAAUCAUAAAAGGGACUUAAGUAUUGAGGAGCAAUCUGAAUGUGCCCAGGACUUCUAUCAAAAUGUAGCAGAAAAGUUACAGACACGUUGGAAAGUGCCCCCAGAAAAAGUUGAGAAAGCAAUGGAUCAGAUUGAAAAAUACAUUAUGACUCGACAGUAUAAAUAUGUCUUUUGCCCUGAAACAACUGACGAUGAGAAGAAAGAUCUUGCUGUCCAAAAGAGAAUCAGGGCUUUGCACUGGGUAACUCCACAAAUGCUGUGUGUUCCUGUCAAUGAAGAAAUUCCAGAAGUCUCCGAUAUGGUUGUAAAAGCAAUUACAGAUAUUAUUGAAAUGGAUUCAAAGCGUGUCCCUCGUGAUAAGUUAGCAUGCAUCACCAAGUGCAGCAAGCAUAUAUUUAAUGCUAUUAAAAUCACAAAAAAUGAACCAGCUUCUGCUGAUGACUUUCUUCCAACACUUAUAUACAUUGUUUUGAAGGGAAACCCACCCCGCCUGCAGUCUAACAUCCAGUAUAUAACACGCUUCUGUAAUCCAAGCAGGUUAAUGACAGGAGAAGACGGCUACUAUUUUACCAAUCUGUGCUGUGCUGUGGCCUUCAUUGAAAAACUUGAUGCUCAGUCUUUAAAUCUAAGCCAAGAAGAUUUUGAUCGUUUCAUGACUGGUCAGACAUCCCCGAAGAAGCAAGAAUCUGACAGUUUUUCACCUGAUGUGUGCCUGGGUGUUAAGCAAAUGUAUAAAAACUUAGACCUACUAUCUCAGUUGAAUGAGAGACAGGAAAGAAUUGUCAAUGAAGCCAAGAAGCUUGAGAAAGACCUAAUAGAUUGGACUGAUGGAAUUACAAAGGAAGUCCAAGAUAUUGUUGAGAAAUAUCCAUUAGAAAUAAAACCAAAAAAUCAAGCCUUAGCAGCUAUUGACUCUGAAAAUGUGGAGAAUGACAAGCUGCCCCCACCACUGCAGCCUCAGGUUUAUGCAGGAUAAUUAUCAGUGUUAACUUCGAAAAGCAUCGUUAUCCACACCUAGUACUAUCUGCUACUUGGGAAGGGAAGUAAAAUUAAGGCUAAAAAUCAGAUGAGCUUAAAUCAGUACAUUUUUAAAGGUACAUUUUUUUGUUAAGGGUAAUGAAUUGUAUUUAUUUUAGUCAAGUAGAUUUCUAUUAGGCUUUUGUGGGUUUUUGAACUGAAUUUAAAUUUUCUACACAAACCGGUGUAAUUUUUAAGCAACACUAGUCCAUUGACAUCUUUCCUGA